AGCUGACCAAUGGCUUUAUGCCGUCCUCAUGCGUCCACCUUAGGGUGUGUCUCCUCGUUCGUUUUUUUUUUCUUUUUCUUUUUCUUUCUUUUUUUGAGACAAAGUCUGGCUCUGUUGGACAGGGUGGAGUACAGUGGCGCAAUCUCGGCUCACUAAAACCUCCACCUUCCGGGUUCCAGCAAUUAUCCUGCCUCAGCCCCCAGAGUAGCUGGGAUUACAGGCGCCCACCACCACGCCCGGCUAAUUUUUGUAUUUUUAGUAGAGACGGGGUUUCGCCAUGUUGGCCAGGCUGAUCUUGAACUCCUGACCUCAGGUUAUCCGUCCGCCUCGGCUUCCCAAAGUGCUGGGAUUACAGGCGUGAGCCACCGCGCCCCGAUGCUCUGCCUGCAUCACCGGGCAUGUCCAGGUGUGUACCAUUCCUCCGAGCACCAGGAUGUCCCUUAAGGCAUCCGUGCUCUGGUGUGUGUCCCAGAAAUAGACACGUCCCUCGGUCUGAGCGCCCCUGCACCCCAGCCUGCCCACCGCGCGGAACACCUGCAAGCUCCGGUCCGGGUGCCGCGCUGACCACAGCCCCGGCAUCACGUGACCUUCCGCGGCUCUGUCUGCCCCGCCCCCUCCAGACGCCUGCUCUGCGCUGCGCAUUCGCUCUGGCCAUAGCGGGCCUCGUGUCGCUGCUGAUGCAGCCCCAGGGCGCCCUCGGCGAGGAGCUGCAAGUGCCGCAGCCCAGGGCCGCCAGUUGGCUGAACUUAGGCUCCAUCAAGAAGUACUUGGGGAAGCUCUUCAACAGCAGCCCGAAGAAAUCUAAAAACCACAAGAAAACUGCGAACGCCACGGACACCUCCCCAUUGAAAGCCACGAAACCCCCACCAUGGACCACCACGAACCCCCAGUGGCUGAACACCUCGGAACCCCGACCACCGACCUCCUCCCGGGGCCCCAGGUAGGACAGCCUGGAUGGUGGGCACCGAGCCAGGGGCCUCCGGGCUGGGGGCAGCUUGGGUGGUAGCGAGAGGAAGUUCCUGGGGGCGGGCAUGCGGGGAGACACAGCACCCCUGUGGGGGGGCUUCUUUCUCCAGGCUGGGCCUUGGCCUCCAGACGCCUCUCUGCCCACCAACCCCUUUGUAUUGAGAGGGGCCUCGACCCCUCCUCAUCCCCUCAGUGAAAACAAUAAAGACAAAUUUCUGUUGCUUC